AUGGCACAGUCAGAAAAUUUAAAAACUUUAAUCAAAACACGCGGUAGUCUUAAAUCUAACGUCACGCGGUUAAUAACAUAUCUUAAUGCGCACCCAGAUGCGGAGAUUGAUGAUAUCCAGAAUCGUAAAAUAAAAUUAGAGGAGGGCUAUGAAGCCUUUUCCAAAACACAAUUACAAAUUGAAAUCUUAGCAGAGAAGGAGAAGCAUACCGAUAUGGAUCAUGAAGCUCACAGAUCGCAGUUUGAUGAUCAAUAUUUUGCUUGCGCUAAAAUAAUAAGUAAACGUCUUCGCGAAAUAAACUCGGUGAUAUCGCCAAUAGCUAGCACGUCGCCAUCAACGUCAGCUACUCCUUCUAUGCCAAUAACUAUAAAACAAGCUAAUAAUUUGUUGCCCAAAAUAGAGAUCCGUCCUUAUGAUGGAAAUCCUAUUAAUUGGUACUCUUUUCAUGACACCUUUAAGAAUUUAGUUCAUGAUAACGAUGAAUUGUUACCAGUUCACAAAUUUUAUUUACUGCAAAAUGCACUUCAAGGUCCGUUAACUUCAAUAACAGAAAAUCUAAAUGCUUCAGAGGAGAAUUAUUUGGUGGCUUGGAAUACGUUGAAACAAAGAUGUAAUAAACCGCGACAAAUCAUUCAUACUCAUCUACAAUUAUUAUUAGAGCUUCCAGAAAUUCAUCGCGAAACUCCUACUAAUCUACGUUCUUUGGUAGAAAAAACACAAGUUCAUAUAAAUGCAUUAAGGGCUUUGAAGCAACCAGUUGAUAAGUGGGAUGCAUUACUGAUUUAUAUUGUAGUAAAGAAACUAGAUAAGGGUACGCGUCGCGCUUGGGAGCGUACGUUAGAAGACGAGGAAAUGCCCGCUUUUCAAAAAUUAUUAGAUUUUCUUAGUAAACAAGCACGUGGCGACGAUUUCGAUACAAUUUCCUUUGAUUCAAAUAAAUCAAACAGUCAUUUUAAUAAUCACACCUCGAAAAUGCCAAAUAAGAAACGACCCAAUCAAAUACAAUCACACGUAGGUACGCAGGCGCACUUUCAAUGUCCUGCUUGUAGUCAAAAUCAUGCGAUUUAUACAUGUAACAAGUUUUUGCAAUUAAAUCCAAAGGAACGUUUCGAAUUAGCAAGAAGGGCAAAAUUAUGUUUAAAUUGCUUGCGAGGUAAUCAUCAGACAAAUAAAUGCUAUCUUAGCGGUUGUAAGACAUGCAAUCAUAAGCAUAAUACGCUUUUGCAUUUUACUGAUACGAACAAUCCGCGUAACCAUCCAACUAAUAAUUCAAUCGAAUCAAACGAUCAAAAUAUAAAAGAACAGCCAACAGUAAAUUUAGUUGUAUCAUCUGAUUCAGAGGUGUUGUUAGGUACGGCAUCGAUUAAAAUAUUAGAUAAAGACAAAAAUGAAAUUCCGUGUAGAGUAUUGCUAGACGGAGGUUCUCAAACGCAUUUCAUAACAGAAAGAUUAGCUGAUCGUUUAAAACUAAAUAAAACUAUGAUCAAUUUGCCAUUCUCAGGCUUAGGUCAAAAUUUAACUAAGUCGCAGUACACGGUUAAAACAACCAUCAAAUCACGAACAUCUCCUUUUUCGUGUGAUCUAACAUUAGUGGCCUUACCCACUAUAACUGGGUUGCUACCCUCUCGAAAAAUUGACAAAGACAAUCUGUCUAUUCCUAAAAAUAUUUCGUUAGCUGAUCCGAACUUUCAUAAAUCAGCCGAGAUCGAUGCAUUGCUCGGCAAUACUUUGUUUUAUCAGCUGCUAAGCGUAGGACAAAUCAAAUUGUGUAAUGAUUCAAUUAUAUUACAAAAAACGCGACUAGGUUGGAUUGUAACGGGAGAAGUCAAUCUUCUAAAUAAUCACCUCAACAAAGCUAGGUCAUGUUUUGUGACAACCGCGCUUGAAAACCAAUUAAACAAAUUUUGGGAGGUUGAGGAAAUUCCUAAUAAAAAAUAUUUUUCAAGUGAGGAAUCAGCAUGUGAGACACACUUUAGUCAAAAUAUUAAGCGAAAUUUAGACGGGAGGUACGUAGUAAGGUUGCCAUUCAAUGAAAAAAGGGAUAGUAUCGGGGAAUCACACAGAAUGGCUUUAAAACGGUUUUACUCUUUGGAGAAGAGGUUGGAAUUAAGUUCAGAAUUAAAAAAUCAAUAUAGUGUCUUCUUAAGGGAGUAUGUAGAAUUAAAACAUAUGACCGAUAUAACAAAUACAGAUGACAAGCAAGUAGGUUACUAUUUACCACAUCACGCGGUAAUAAAAGAAUCAAGCGCAACGACAAAGGUUCGCGUAGUGUUUGAUGGAUCCGCGAAAACAUCGACAAGUAUUUCUUUAAACGACGCAUUAAUGCAAGGUCCUACAAUUCAGGACGAUUUGAUUUCUAUAAUCAUCCGUUUUCGAACACAUCAAUUCGUUUUAACAGCUGACAUUGAGAAAAUGUUUCGGCAAAUUCAGGUACAUCCAGAUGACGCGAAAUUUCAAAAAAUUCUUUGGCGGGAAAACAAGACUGAACCAAUUAAAACGUAUAUGCUAAACACGGUUACAUAUGGGACUACUUCAGCCCCAUUUCUCGCGGUUCGUUGCUUGAAACAAAUAAUUAAAGAUGACGGACAUAAAUAUCCUUUAGCCGCGACAGUACUCGAUCGUGAUUUUUAUGUAGAUGACUUACUCACUGGUACGAACGAUUUGAAUCAAGCUUGCCUUUUAAUAGAUCAACUAACUAAAUUACUAAAUUUAGGGGGUUUCAACCUACGUCAGUGGCUUUCAAAUGAACCGAAACUUCUAAAUAAAUUGAAAAAUUCCUCCGCGUCACAACUUGUAUGUUUAGACGUGACGGAAACAAAAAAGGUUCUCGGAAUACAAUGGGAUCCCCAUGCAGACACUAUUAACUAUAAGGUAAAUCCCUUUAGUUCGCAUAAAGUCGUCUCAAAACGUACAAUUUUGUCUGAGAUUGCUCAACUAUUUGACCCUUUAGGUUUAUUAGGUCCCGUAAUAAUUCAGGCCAAAUUAGUUAUGCAGAAAUUAUGGAUGGCCAAUUUAAAUUGGGAUGAAUCAGUCCCACAGUCAAUUCAUACCGAAUGGUUCAAUUAUAAAAACCAAUUACCAUUGUUAAACAAUUUUACUGUACAUCGGAAGGUUGUUUUAAAUAAUGCAGUAGAAAUACAGUUACAUGGGUUCUGUGACGCCAGCGAAAAGGGUUAUGGCGCGUGUUUUUACAUAAGAUCAACGAAUAAAGUGAAUAAUCAUUUAGUAGGUUUGGUAUGCGCGAAGUCGCGCGUUGCACCUAUAAAAACAAUAUCUUUGCCUAGGUUAGAGCUUUGUGCUGCUAAGUUAUUAGCAAAUUUAUACAAAUCCGUGGUAGAAGCAUUAAACUUAAGAUUCAACAAGAUUAACUUUUAUUCUGAUUCAACUAUUGCAUUAAAUUGGAUUAAAACGUCACCCCAUAUCUUAAAAACUUUCGAAGCAAAUCGUGUCUCUGAAAUACAAACGCUUACGGAUAGGGAUAAUUGGUAUCAUGUAUCGACAAACGACAAUCCCGCGGAUUUUAUAUCUCGUGGUCAAAAUCCUUCGGACUUUAUUAAAAAUACACUUUGGGUAAAUGGGCCUACGUGGCUGUCUAUGGAAGAACAUUGCUGGAAAAUCACUAAACUAUCGACGAGUGAUAGCGCAAAUCAUCAAGCCAAUGUGACCUUUGUUACAUUAGACCAGAAUUGUAAUCGGAAUAAGGUUGCAAAUGACACUUUUGAAAGGUUCUCAUCCAUUAAUGCACUAAAUCGUUUCGUUGCCCUUUGCCAUCGAGCAAUUGUGAAUAGAAGCUCAAGCAAUAAAAUCACAGGUGAAAUUACCACGAAGGAGUUACAUAAUGCUCAUUUACAAAUAAUAAGGGUAGUCCAAGAAAGUGAAUUCUCUCAAGAAUUACAAUGUUUACGAAAGGGCGAGGAACUCAAUAAUAAAAGUAGGUUGUUGCGAUUAGAUCCUUUUAUAGAUGAAUUGGGAAUUCUUCGUGUAGGAGGUAGAUUGGGAAAUGCAGAUAUAAAUUAUUCACAUAAACAUCCUAUUCUAUUACCAAGAAACAAUCAUAUUACUGACAUAAUAAUACGUCAUGUACAUAUAAAAUAUUGGCAUACAGGAGUUCAAAAUACGUUAGCUAUUGUCAGACAAAAUUACUGGCCUAUUGAUGGCAAAAAUAGGACGAGAUACGUCUUACAUAAAUGCAUUUCUUGUUGUAAAUUAAACCACAAGCCACCAAAUUAUCCAAUGGGCAUUUUACCUAAAAAUCGUUUAAAACAAUCUAGACCUUUCGAAAAUGCAGGGCUAGAUUACUGCGGUCCUUUUCUUAUCAAGGAGAAAAAAUUUAGAAAUAAAGUAAAGAUAAAGUCUUAUGUAGUCGUCUUUGUUUGUUUUUCAACGAAGGCCGUACAUUUGGAGCUGGUUACAGAUCUAACCACCGAAACAUGCUUAGCAGCUAUUAAACGUUUUUUCGGUCGCAGAGGUAAAUCAAAAAAUCUCUAUUCUGAUAAUGGAACAAAUUUUGUUGGCGCCAAGAAUGAAAUAUUGAAAAUAAAGGCUUUGCUAUUAUCCUCUAAUCAUAAUGAUAGAAUCACGCACGAUUUAUCAAAUGAAGGUGUCAACUGGCAUUUUUCACCACCCCAAUCGCCCCACUUUGGAGGCUUAUGGGAGGCUGGCGUUAAACAAUUCAAAUAUCACUUAUAUCGCACUGUUGGCGAUUCCCUGUUUACUUAUGAACAAUUUAAUACUUUUAUCAUCGAAAUCGAAUCAAUAUUAAAUUCCCGUCCUCUAACACCAUUAUCCUCGGAUCCCAAUGACUUUUCAGCCCUUACCCCAGCUCACUUUUUGAUUGGAGAUUCACUAAUGAGCAUACCAGAACAUGACUUCCAGGAUGUACCAACAAAUAGAUUAUCAUUGUGGCAACACAUUGUCAAGGUGAAGCAACAUUUUUGGAAAAGAUGGCAUAGGGAGUACUUUAAUGAACUGCUACUACGUAGUAAAUGGCACAAAGGUGAUCCCGAACAGAUAAAAAUUGAUACACUGGUCACCAUUAAGGAAGAUAACAUCCCACCUAUGCACUGGAGCAUGGGACGCAUCAUAGCCGUUCAUCCAGGCGAAGAUAAGAUUAUUCGUGUAGCAACCGUGAAAACAAAUCGCGGAAUAUACAAACGAUGCAUCAAAAAACUAUGUCCAUUACCGAUUGAGAUACCUGAAAGGGAUUGA